UCCAGCAGUAAUACCAAGACACCUGUACCACUCAACAGAAGCACGACACGUGUCUUACAAACUCUUGGUAAGACCACCACGUGUCCCUUUAGAAUCCCAAAUUCCCAUAAACCUUACCGCUAUAAACUAGAAUUUUGAGGACUCUCAAAUUACCAAAUUACGCGAAUUCGUCCUCCUCCUCCUACUCCUCCUAUUGCUCGUUAUACGCUCCGUUGUGCUCCGGCGAAUGGGUGUGGGAAUCGGUGUUCCGAUCUGCAUUGAAUGUGGGACCCACAGCAAUCCGUGCAGAUGCAAGGUGGUGGGGCCGACCCUGGGGUUUUUGGCUUUCGCUGUGGCGGCGGUGGUGGAGUGGCCGGUGGGAGCUCUGGUUUUUUGCUUCCGCCAUCACAAGGGGCGCCGUAUCAUGGCGCAUCCGGCUACCGUCGUAUACCCGUCGGUGUCUAAUGCGGUUCCGAUUUGAGAUAAUACGCAAGAAUGCUGUUCCUUUACAUGCUUUUUUUCCCCAAGUCCAAUAAUGUAUAUUAAUAAUGGAUCUCAAUUUAAGAGUAAAAUUAAUAGGCUAAAUAUACCCUAUGUCUCUUCUCAUAUAUAUAUAUACCCUAUGUGUAGCCAACUAAUAAUAACAAGUUUGAUCCUUUGAAGAGCUGUUUUUGCAA